AUGAGGGCGAAGCCCAGGAGGAAGGAGCAGGUGAGCAGCGCGACAUGCCCGCUGGAGUCAACGUGGCCGACCCUACGCAGGCGCGUGUUGGAGAGAAGAGCGGAGGCGGGCUGCGGUUGCCAGAUCAACGUCGGACCCAAGAUGGGAGGCGCAGCGGCGGGGUACGCUCACCCGAUCUGCGUCAGCGCUGUGACGGGAGGCGGGGAGGCGGAUCGCAUUUGCCGGAUCCGCGUCAGCAUCGUGAAGGGAGGCGAGGAGGCGGCUUGGGUUUGCCAGAUCCACGCCAACAUCGUGACGAGAGGCGGGGAGGCGGCUCGCGCUCGCCAGAUCCGCGUCAGCAUUGUGCCAGGAGGCGGGGAGGCGGCUCACGUUUGCCAGAUCCGCGUCAGCAUCGUGGCGGGAGCCGUGGAGGCGGCUCGCGUUUGCCAGAUCCGCGUCAGCAUCAUGACAGGAGGCAGGGAGACGGCUCGCGUUCGCCAGAUCCACGCCAGCAUUGUGACGAGAGGCGGGGAGUCAGCUCGCGCUCGCCCAGGAAUACGUCAGCGCCAUGAGGGAAGGUGGGGAGGCGGGUCUCGCUCGCCCGAUCUGCGACAGCACCGUGACAAGAGGCGAGGAGGCGGGUUUCGCUCGCAAUAUCAGUAUCAGCAACGCGAUGGAGGACGUACUGGCGAGUUGGGCUCACCGGGGACGAGACGGCAGUACGAUGGGAGGUCAAGGGCCGAGGAACGGUCGCCUGACCUGAAAUGCGGAAGGCAAGGGGAAGGAUGGGCACUGGCACGUUACUCGCCAAAGAGGCAAUGGGGGCAGAAAGGAGCAAGGAUGGGUGCAGAGGAGAUGUGA